AAAAAAAAAAAAAAAAAAGGCAGCAAGCUGCUGCUGCUCCCAGGCAGAACAGAGGCCGGGGGAGCGAGCGAGAAGCGGCAGCGCAGCGGAGCGGCGGCGGCGCCGAGGGCCGGUGCCCGAGCCCCGCACCGCAGGCUGCGGCCGGCGGGGCUGCGAUCGUGGCGCUGCAGCUCCCCGGGGGCCGCCGGCCGCGAUUUUUAUUUCGCCUUUUCCUUUUCCCCGGGCAACGUGGGGGCGGGAGGAGCGGGCUGGGGGACGAGUGCGAGCUCCUUCUGCGCCAAGGUGCAGCCCGGCGCCGGCGGCGGCAGGAGGAUGCGAGCCGAGGGCGGCCGAGCCGCGGAUCAGCUACCUGUGUGGCCCGGGCGGCCGCUGCCGGGACCUGCCGGAGACAUCGCCAUGUGAAGGGGCAGACCCCGGGCCGGCUCUCCACCCCGCCUCGCUCAAUGGGAGGCAAUGUUCCCAAAGACUGUAUGGUAAUUCCUGGUGGCCAGAAGAGGAGGCACAUUGUGGUCAGUACAGAAAAGGAACGAGAGCAAGAGGGCAAGAGCUUCCUACUGCCUCUCCUGCAGAGGUGCCAAGCGUGUGGCCUGUCUGCACCCAAGCAGAGUACUGGUUUUCAGAAAGUGAGACUGAGAGCACCUCAAGGCACUCGGAGAGGAGGAAGAGGACUGGUGCCAGCAUGGAUAAGGACAGCACAAACCUGGCUGACCAGCAGUAUGAAUGUGUGGCUGAGAUUGGGGAAGGAGCCUAUGGGAAGGUGUUCAAAGCCCGAGACUUGAAGAACGGAGGUCGCUUUGUUGCGCUGAAGCGGGUACGGGUGCAGACCAGCGAGGAGGGGAUGCCGCUGUCCACUAUCCGAGAGGUGGCAGUUUUGAGGCACCUGGAAACAUUUGAACACCCCAACGUGGUCAGAUUGUUUGAUGUGUGCACCGUGUCACGAACAGACAGAGAGACCAAGUUAACAUUAGUGUUUGAACAUGUGGAUCAAGACUUGACUACUUACUUGGAUAAAGUUCCAGAGCCUGGAGUGCCUACUGAAACUAUAAAGGAUAUGAUGCUUCAGCUGUUUCGGGGACUGGAUUUUCUGCAUUCUCAUCGUGUGGUGCAUCGGGAUCUGAAACCCCAAAAUAUCCUUGUAACUAGCAAUGGGCAGAUAAAGCUAGCUGACUUUGGCCUUGCACGAAUCUACAGUUUUCAGAUGGCUCUUACCUCAGUGGUUGUUACUUUGUGGUAUAGAGCUCCUGAAGUCUUACUUCAGUCCAGUUAUGCAACAGCAGUUGAUCUUUGGAGUGUUGGCUGCAUAUUUGCAGAAAUGUUCCGUCGAAAACCACUCUUCCGUGGAAAUUCAGAUGUUGAUCAACUAGGAAAAAUCUUUGAUGUAAUUGGACUCCCAGAGGAAGAGGACUGGCCUAAUGAUGUUGCCCUUCCAAGAAAUGCUUUUACUUCCAGACCCGCACAACCUAUUGAAAAAUUUGUACCAGAUAUUGAUGAAGUAGGCAAAGACUUGCUUCUUAAAUGCUUAGCGUUCAACCCAGCCAAGAGAAUAUCUGCAUAUGUUGCCCUCUCUCACCCGUAUUUCCAUGAUCUGGAGAAAUUCAAGGAGAAUCUGGACUGCCAUGUGUCAUCCAGCCAAAACUCCAGUGAGGUGAAUGCAUCAUAAGUGCUGACUGAAGAUGAACGAUAAAUGAACAAGACAUGUAGCUGACAAGGCCACUGUCCCAUACAAACCACGUAGCUGUCCUAGCGAGAUCGUUAUUUGGAGGUUUUAUGCACUUACCUUUUAUUUUGGGAUUGUGAUGUGCUUAUCCAUGGAAUUCAAUCUAGUUUACUUUUAUCAGAGCAAUGCAAGGGCCAGGGCUUUGACCUGCUCCUGUUGCAGCUUUAUGUUUGUUUUGUUUUUGUUUUGUUUAUCUACCUGGGAAAACUCCAGAUGAAGAGAAGCUGCUGACCAGUUUUGCUGCCAUUUUAUCCUUCUGAUGUUGAAUGCUGCCAGUGUUUGAUGAUUGAGUCACUGCCAAAAUAUGAUGCAAUCUCCCUCUCUGUAGCUGCUGACGCAUGAUUUGGUACUUUAUUAUUGUUAUUAUUCUGUGAUAUUUAAAGAAUGGCAAUGAAAUACCAGAUCUCUGCAACCUGCAGUUAACUGAGACGUGUUAAUACAUCCAGCUACUGUUCAUCCAUAGCAUAUAUGCAGGUGCUUCCCCACUUGAAAAUUUGGAUGAAUUAAUUUAUCAUUUCAUUGUUCUAUAAAAAGAACAGUGAUUAUGAUGAUGAUCAUAAGAAAUGUCUCAGCUUUUAGGUGUUUUCAUACACAAACAAGUUAUUAUCUAGCUGUGUUUGUGUGCAUGUUUCAAAAAAACUGUCCUGUUCUUACUGCUUCAAUUUCCAAAUGGUCUUUCUGUGUUGAAAUGCAGACACGUUCUAGUCCAUCGUCUAACCCAUCAUUCCCCUCUGGAAACAGCUGCAAGCAUAUUUUCUUCAUCUCAUUCCAAAUAAUUUUUGAUGUCUAGCUCAAAGACAUGAGCAGAGCCAAUGAAAAUCAAUAAGAUUUUCACCUUUAACCUAUUCUCAUUGUCAGCCAAAAACAAAAAUAGAAAAAAUAUUUCUGGUUCAGAAGCAGAGAAUCCUAUACCUGUAAUUAGCACAGAUAAGUAUUUGUGCUGCAUUGUACUCUAUACUGUGCUGCCUUACCUGCAACACCCCCCAAUACAUCACAAAUGCAUGAACAUUAAUGCUCAAAAUCCCUCACAUGUCACUUACUAAGCAGGCUUGUUUUCUAUGCAGAAAUGCAUGACCUUCUCUCCUAAACCACCAUGUGGGGUUACUAGCACAUGCCUCUCCACUAAGGUUAAUGUGCCAUUAUUGAAUGUCAAAAUAACUAAGCAAUUUACUUUUCUUUAUAGCACAGUUAUUUUAAAUAUUACCUGAAAUUUUUAUAUUUAGUAUUUUUACCUUAACUAAAAUAUAUUUUCAGUAUUUUGAAAAGAAACUUUUAUUUUUUUAAUACUGUACUGGGGAAAAAGAAAUAUUUUAAAUCCAUAGAAGCUGUUCCCUAGCAUGACUUCAGUGCAUUUACCUGGACAUGACUUGGGGGAAAAUACUAGUCCAAUGAAUAUAACUGAUGCUAAGUGAGGCAGCCAGCUUUGCUUACUCCUUUGACAAUCCCUUAGGCUUCUCUCUUCCUCGUCUCUAUUUCAUCUUGUCUAGGUGGUGAGCCAGCAUUAUAUCCUUGUCCAUGGGAUGCUUGGCAGAAGCAGGUCUGUAGCAGUGAGUUGGGCAAUAAAACUUUUCCAGUUGUGACAGGGGAACUUGUCACACCUGCCAUUUCAUGGGCAGGUCUCUCGCUCCUGUGGCGACACUGUUAACUCCGUUUCAGGUAUCUGCUGCACUGUCUGGGUCAUGGUCCACUGCUAGGAUAGUAAGUGGAUCUUACCUGUCUCCUGGAUAAAGCUUUUUGUUACUGUUAGACAUUUAACUUUGUGGUAUAUGGUUAAAUUAGGUCUACUUUAAAUGAGCCAAAUGUUAAAAGGACCACUUGCAUGCUUGCAUGCAGUGGCCUGUGCUUUUCUUUAAGCCCAGAAUGAGCCUAUGCAAAACAACCAGCAUGAACAGGCAAGUUGAAAAUUAGGCCUGGCAAAAGCAUACACAAAGCAGCUGCACACAGAGAUAUCACAGAUCCGUAACAUCAGAAUUUUGGAAGCUCUGUGAGCCGGAAGUUGAAGGCCAGGGAGCAGUCACAGCAGCAAACCUUCUAAUCUUGGCCUUGCCUUCAUCAUUCUCUUUGUUCCUACACCCAACUGCAGACCCACUGCACUGGUGUUGUCCCAACCCUAUUCCUGCGUGGGUUAGUGGACCCAAGUGUGAAUAAUUUUUAACAUUCACAGAGAGGGAUGGGCCAGAGUGAAAGUUUUGCUAACCAUUUUUAAACACUAAGUAGAACCACAAACAGAGACAAAAGUCAGGAGACUCUUGCAACAGUAGUAAUUAGAAAAGUUUUUUACAGAGUUUAGCACUUUUGAAAACAUUCCACAUUGUACCUAGUGCGGAGCUGUCUGUCAUACAUUCUUUAUCAGUGCAUUCAGCUGGUGUGUCAGGGAACUCUCCCAGAGCUCUCCACCAACUAAUACAGGGUGAAAAUAUAGAGGAGGAGAUGAUAUUUUCCAAAUUAGGCUUAAAACUCUCAGAUAAAAAUGUGCAUCUGUUCCAUGUAAGAAUCUGUUCUAUUAAGCUUAGCAAAGCUAAAGAAUAGAGAGUAUGGGAAUGUAGAUACAUAACUCGGGUAAAAACAGAAAGGAGGGAAGGGAAUACUUUAAGCCAAAGGUUGGCCCAAAAACUAAUGAGAAUGUGGAAAUCACUGGUAAUUUAGCUACUGGAGCAGUAUUUCCCAGUCAUAGUAUCAAAGAGCUAAGCAAGCAGCAGAGAAAAACAGGGACUGGCUUAUGGAGUCAGAAGCAGAGCUUCUGCAACAUGGUGCUGUAUGUUGUCUAAUAUAGUAGGAUCAGGUUAUAAAUGAGAGUAUUCAGGAGAAAAGUUUGCAAAGGGCUGCAUUAAUGGUCACAUUCUGGAACAUCUUUCCAGUGGGAAUGGCACGAACAAAACCAAGAAAUCUAAGAAUCUUGGCAGGGUUAGGGAAAAUAUUUCUCUAAUGGGGUCCUUGUGGUAGCAAGGGCCUGGAUUCAAAGGACCAAGAAUUUUUCAAAUUACCUCCUUUUCCAAAUCUCUUCAGGAAGGAAUUCCAUUUGACAUGCCAUAGGUUUAAUCAUACUCCAGUCUUUCCUGCCAAACCAUUUGGGGCUUCACUUACACUAGUAAACUGAGAAAGCCUGUUCUCUGGCUGGGCAAAGCACUGUUGCUAAUACUAUGCCUGGAAUCAUAUUUAUAAUUAGAUAGCAUAGACAGCUGUGGGACUGUGCUCAAACCCAUGCCCUUGCUCUUCUUGUAUUACUGGUAUAGUUCUAAUAUUUUAGCACCUUUACUCAUUACUGCCGUAUGUGUAGGAUGUAGGAAUUGCAUAAGUGAAAAAGAAAGUGCUGUGAUGAAAACUCUUUGUACACCUUUAAAUAAGACUUCAGAGUGCAAUUCUUCUUAGUGAUAUCUAAGCCUGUAUGUGUUCUCUUCUACAGGAGUGGUUCAACAGCAACUAAAAAAUGCUGAAUAACAAAAGAUGUAUUAAGUAUAGCUCCUAGAACACCCACAGCCUGGCACUGUGCUCUUCUCAGCAGAGAACAGGGUGUUCUAAGUAAUGAAAGAAGAAAAUUCUAUCUCCCACCAACCUUUUCUUUUUUUUUUCUUAGUCACUACUACAUAAUUCUGCAGAAAAAACUAGACCCAAUAGCCAAGGAAAAAAAUCACCACAGCCAGCUAGUGAAGUGUUAAUAGCAAUCCAUCUGGUGCAGCCCUUUUCUCUUCCCCCGUCCAUGCUCACACCAGCCUUCCCAUUUGUAUCCUUCAUGUAAACAGGUUUCAGUGAUGCUCACAGGUGCUAUUUCCAUCAAGAUUCUUCCAAAUUUUCCAUACCUACACAGUGUCAGUGUCCCCUCCAUUCCCAUUACUAAAUGUUGCUUCUUUCUGUCCCACAGCAUAAACCAGUGAUGAGACAAGAAUUUUGUGCACCUCCUUGCUUAGGCAUAGUUUUGUGCACCCCUGUGUUCCCUUCCAUGUGGUUAGUAAAAUUCUAAAAGUAGGAUUUGUGCAUAUUUCUGUGUAGGCUGUGCCCACACUCCAGGUUUCUUUCAGCUAUUAGUCCACAAUGAUGAAUAAUAGAGUAUCUUUUCCUGUUGUUUCUGUCCUAAAACACACCAAAAAAAUGAGGGUGUCAUGUUUGCAAACAAAUUAAAUUUAGGACUAUGUGUACAGAGCCUUCUUAAUGAAAGGUAUCACUAAAUUUCAGCAUUUGAACAUCUUAUGCAUGGGGGAGGGUUUCCAGCAUGGUAACUCUUACUUCGUUUUCAUACUCAGUGGUUGUUUUGGUGAAUAAGAAGAAAAUAUUGUGCCUUGCUGCUUUUCACAGGUUAACUCACUGUCUUUGAGAAGCGUGGUUUUUUAUACAUAUAAUUCUUUCUGCUGUUAGGUAUUAGACCACCUUUAAUAUGGAAAAUAAAGAGAAAACACACUGUUUUGGUCUUUUAGCCAGCAAACUUGGAGCACUUACCUGACUCACAACUGAAGACACAUCAGUUGUCAAAUACAUAUAUGAAAUCAGAAACCACACUGUUUGGUUUAGAAGGCCACAUAAAUUAUGUUCCAUGUAAAAGACGCAAUGAAGAAGUGUAUUCUAAGAACUCUGUUUUAUAGAACCACUUGGCUAGUAUUUUUCAUAUAUAGUAGGUUCAGGAAUAGAUUGACUUUUAUAUACAAUGUGAACUAGAAGAUACUAGGCUGUUUGAGUGAUUUUGUUGUUUUAUGCUUGAAGCUUGAAUUGAUUGCAAGCUUAGGAGCCUAACAUAUUUAUUUUAUUGCUUCAAAACUGCUUCUAAAUAUCAAGAUCUUUUUUGAUGUUAACAGGAUUUCACACUUUUUUACUGUGUAAAUUAUUUUCUUGAAAUUAAUAUGUUAGAAAAAGCAUUUUUCCAAACUGCAUUAGUGGAGGAAAAUUUUAAAAAUAUAUUUUUACUUUCAUAGAGAGGUGAACUCUUCAAUAAUUGACUAUUAAUAAGCUGUACUUUUACUUCCUUUUGAUUACUAAGCUUUGAGUAUACAGGUUACUUUCAAUGAAGAAAAAAUCUCUAGAAAAUUAAAUGGGAUUUUAUGUUUAAGCUUCCAAGUUGUAUUUUCACAUCCAUUUUUUGGUGCAAGUACAGUUCAGAUGUACAAAAACAUGACUACAAUUUUAACAGUCUAGCAGGCUGUAUGACUCAAAUUGAGGUUUUAUUUGUGAGCUGUUUGUUUUAUUAUCUGUCUGUGUCUUGCAAAUUAUUAGAUAAUGGCUGUAAUAUAAUUCUAGUUUCUGGACUAGACUCUGUAACCAUCAAAUCUCAGUAAUUUAUGUAAAACAGAAAGAAGCUUUCUCAUUGAUUUUAUUUAACUAGUCCAUUAAAAGAAGAAAGAUGUAGACAUAUGAACUGACAAAUAUACUUUUGCCAAGUGUGUUUUCUUCCCUUUAGUUUGAAGCUUAGCAAGUAUUGCAUACUGAUAUGCAACACAUAUACAAUGUAAGAACCAUAAAGACCACUUAAGAGUAGUGUGCACAAAUAAUAUGAAAAAUGGCUCAUUAGACUCUUGAAGAAACCAGCUGAAAAUCAUUACUUUAGCUGUAACACUCAACAUCUUGAAGCUCAUAUAUUUUUUCAUUAAAAAGUAUUCCUGAAAAA